AUGCUGUCCUCAAGGAGCACCUGGACCUUUGCGAAAUGCUAUCAUCCUAUUACCGCUGAGAAAAGAGACACUCCUGCUUCUGCGUUUAUCGGGUUGCACCAUGUGGGGAUAUUGUGCGCGGAUUUGGACAAGGCACUUGACUUCUACUGCGGCGUGCUGGGUCUGGAGGUGAACGACUCGCGGCCCGAUCAGAAGCUGCCAUAUGGCGGCAAAUGGUUGUGGAUUGGUCAAGGGGAGGGCAGCAGGGGCGGCAUGAUCCACCUCAUGGUGCUGCCCAAUCCUGAUCCGACAUCUGGUAGACCUGAGCAUGGCGGUCGGGACCGGCACACGUGCAUUGAGGUUGCUGAUGUGGCACCGCUCCAGGCUGCCCUGGAUAGAGCAGGAAUUCCUUACACUAUGAGCCACGAGGCUUAUGUGUGGCUCGGGGAGCUUUGGAAGAGUGCUCUGGCUUUACACGUGGUCCGAGCCUCCCUGCUCUGCAAAUGGCAAAAGGCAGGCUACUCUGGGCUGCUUUUCCAAGGCAAUGCUUGGCCCCUUCGAUUCGACGCGCGCAACUUCCUCGAAAAGAUGCGAAACAAGAACAUCUUGUUCGCGGGGGACUCGCUAAUGUGGGAGGGCUUCUUCCCGUCGUUCCUGUGCCAAGUGCACCGCGCGUCGCCCGCGCGCAAAGUGAAUUACGAUUGCCGCUUCAAGCAGACCACGUGGACGGUCGACGAAUUCAAAGUCACGCUCAUCCACGUGUGGAGCCCCUUUCUCAUGGACUUCAGUUCCGACUCCAAGGUGCUUAAGAGGCUCAAGGUCGAACACCCAGCACUGGGCGACACCGCAGUGAACCUCUUCCAACCGGACCCCAACUGGACGUUGCUGCUGCCGCACGUGCACCUGGUGCUGCUGCAGUCGGCCACCCACUGGCCGAAUGCAGACAAAUGGCUCCGCCGCUUCUUCACUGACCGCAAGUGGCAGCUGCUGUCCCCCCAGCCGGACACUUUUCAGGCAUACACGGGUGCGAUGGACGCGGUGAGAAAAAGGCUGAGCCGCAAGCCGUCGAGCAAAGGCGGGCGCUACGUGGCCUACUUCCUCUCUGCACCUCCCCGCCUUGCUGGCUGCCAGAAUACCGUCACUCUCAGCCCCCCAGAUCAGGUGGCCUAUCUUCGCUCCAAGAACGCGCAGAGCAAGGUCUGGUUCCGCACGCAGAAGCAGCUGUUUGGGCGGAAGAACUCGCGGGUGCGGCUCCUCGACAUCACACACCCGUCUCUCGCGCGUGCCGAUGCCAUGAUUGGAUCGCAGGGCACAGCAAGCAUGGACUGCCUCCACCCGUGCUUGCCGGGCCUGCCUGACAACUGGGUCGACCUGUUCUAUGCUGCCUGGCUCGCAGAUAAAGGCUUCUGA